AUGAAGGUCUGCAUGAUUCUUCUGCUUAUAUCGAUUACCAUUCAAGUUGCUGAAUCGUUUGACUGUACCGGUCGCAAUGACGGACUGUAUGAGGUGGGAUGUCACGUGUUUACGAAAUGCACGUCGGGAACUGCGACAACGGUGGAAUGUCGGCCACCACAAGUCGUCAAUAUUGAGACUGGUAGCUGCGAUAGCGCUCAGAAUAUAAACGAACCCUGUGGUACAUUCCGUGACUGCGGGGGUAAAGAUGACGGAAAAUAUCCAGAUUUGGAACGAAACUGCCAGUAUUAUUUCACCUGUGCCAACGGAAGGUUCAUGGGUCAUAACCCAUGUCCUACAGGUCUUAUAUUUAACAAGGACAUUCAGGUGUGUGACUGGUUUCAGAAUGUGAAAAGUCCGUGCGGAAUCAGACCAAGUCCUCCAUAA